GCCCACAUAGGCAUCAUGAGGGGGAGAUGUGUUGGGUUGUGUUUCCUUGCGCUGGCUCUUGUUAUUGUUGACGAUGUACAGGCCCGACUGGUUCGGAACCACGUCAGCAGCAUCUGCAGCACGUGGGGCCGCGAGCACUUCAAGACGUUCGACGGGGACGUGUUCCAGUUUCCCGCCAUGUGUGACUACAAUCUGGUCUCUGACUGCCACGAGUCCUACCAGGAGUUCUCAGUGCACAUGAGGAGGAGGGAGAAUGAUGGAGACCCCACCGUCAGCGACGUGGUGGUCACCCUCAGUGACCUGUCAUUCCGACUCAGCAAGAAGCUGGUCACCGUGAACAACGAGCCUGUCAAGCUGCCGUACUACAACGCAGGAGUCCAAGUGGAAAAAAAUGCUGUUUACCUCAAACUCCAUUCCAAAGUGGGCAUCACGGUCAUGUGGAACACUGACGAUGCAAUCAUGGUGGAACUGGAUCAGGACUACGCCAAUCGCACAUGUGGACUUUGUGGAGACUUCAAUGGUGUUGCAGUCUACGAUGAGUUCGUUCACAAUGGUCGCCGAAUCAGCCCAAUUGAGUUUGGCAACAAACACAAAGUCCAUAAUCCAAACGAAGAUUGUGAGGACCCGUAUGAAGAGGAUUAUGAGUCACUGGACACUGUGAAUGUGGCCGAGUCAUGCGCGACAUUUCAAACCACCUGUAACCAGAUGCUGCGUUCAGAGUCCUGGAGCUCCUGCGUCCAACUGAUCGACCCUGAACCUUACAUCCAGGCCUGCGUGCAGGACAUGUGCGGCUGCGCCAAUCUCACAAACGACUUCUGUGUCUGUAGCACAAUGUCUGAGUUCUCCCGACAGUGUUCCCAUGCAGGAGGGCAGCCUCCCAGCUGGAGGACACCUCAGUUCUGUGCUCAACAGUGCCCCCUCAACAUGGUGUAUGAGGAGAGUGGUUCACCUUGUUUGGACACUUGCUCCCAUCAGGACACAAGUUCACUGUGUGAGGACCACAAAAUGGACGGCUGCUUCUGUCCUCCUGGAACUGUGUUUGAUGAUAUUUCCAUGAGAGGGUGCAUCAUUCAAUCUGCAUGUCAGUGCAAACACGACAAGGUCUAUGACUCCGGUGAGGUCUACCGACAGGACCGAUCAGAGUGUACAUGUUUGGAAGGUAGAUGGGCCUGUAAGAGCCUCCAAACACCUGCUACAUGUGCAGUCGAGGAGGGCUCACAUAUCACCACCUUUGAUGGGAAAACCUUCACCUUCCAUGGAGAUUGCUAUUACAUCUUAGCCAAGGUUGACAGCAAGGACGACACAAGUCCAAAGUUCACCAUCCUGAUCCAGCUGGCGCCUUGUGCAAACCAAGAGUUUGAUACUUGUCUGAAAACCCUGAAGAUCCUGCUGAACAAUGACAGAAACAAUGUAUUAACGUUCACUUCAGAUGGAAAAGUGAAGCAGAAUACACAGACCAUCAGUUUGCCCUACCAGGCUCUAGGCGACAUCAACAUCUUCCAGGCUUCGUCCUUUCACAUUUUGCUCCAGACCAGGUUUGGGUUGCAGAUUCAGAUCCAGCAUGUGCCCGUCAUGCAAGUCUAUGUGAGUCUGGAUCCGAGAUACAGAGCAAAUACAAGAGGUUUAUGUGGCAACUACAACAUGGUCCUAUCUGACGAUAUGAAGACACCUCAGGGGAUCGUGGAAGGAACAGCCAUCACUUUCAGUAACUCCUGGAAGGCCAACCUCAUGUGUCGAGACCGAGAUGAAAGACUGGACGACCCCUGUUCCCUCAGUGUAGAGAAUGAGCUGUAUGCCAAACACUGGUGCGCCCUGCUGCUGAAACCAAACAGCACCUUUGCACAGUGUCGCUCGGCGGUGGAUCCUGAGAUGUACUACAAGCGAUGCACUUAUGCGAGCUGUAACUGUGAGAAGAGUGAGGCCUGCUUGUGCGCCGUCUUCUCCUCUUAUGCGCGGGCUUGUGCAGCGAAGGGAGUGUUCUUAAAAGACUGGAGAGAGAACGUGUGCGAUAAAUACUCAAGUAGCUGCCCAGCAUCUCAGACCUUCUCUAACAAACAUCAGAGAUGCCAGUUGACCUGCAAAUCGCUGGGCUCAAAUCAGCAGAGCUGCUCCUCCGACUUCCUACCUGUGGACGGCUGCUCCUGCGCUGAGGGUCUCUACCUGAAUGACAAAGGCGUCUGUGUCCCCAUGGCAAAGUGUCCCUGCUACUACAACGAAGCAUACAUCAAGCCAGGGAAGUCCAUGAACAUCAAGGACGAACACUGUGUUUGCACCAAUGGGAUACUUCACUGUCAUUCUUGGAGAGCCCGCUUAUCAAAAUGCCCUUAUCCAAAAGAGUUUUUCAACUGCUCCUCUCCGGGCACAGGAGAGCUUGGAGUCCAGUGUGCCCGAACCUGUUUGAAUCUGGACAACAACGAUUGUGACUUCACGGAGUGUGAAUCAGGUUGCCAGUGUCCCAGUGGCUUCGUUGAUGAUGGCAAAGGUUCCUGUGUGAAAGAGAACGAAUGUCCAUGUCAGCACGACGGGCAUCUGUACGCCCCAGGGGCAAAAAUUCCUGACAAGUGUAACUACUGUACCUGCAAGAGUGGAAAGUGGGAAUGCACAGACAAAAAAUGUCCAGGAACUUGUAUCAUCUACGGGAGUGGUCACUACUCUACAUUUGAUGAGCAAACAUAUGCCUUUCAAGGAGAUUGUGCCUACAUUGCUGUCAAGUGUGGCCUGUGCGGAGAUUUUGACGGUGAUGUCCAGAAUGACUUCACCACCCAGGGUCAGCUGGAGGUGAGCACUCCAACAGAAUUUGCAAACAGCUGGAAAGUGCACAGCAGCUGCCCAGAUGCAGAAACAAGUGUCGACCCUUGCAAGGCGACACCCAAUCGACACCACUGGGCAAAAUCGAUGUGCAGCAUUAUCACCGGGCCAACGUUCCGAGGCUGCCACAAUAAGGUAAACCCCCUUCCAUUCUAUGAAAACUGCGUGAAAGACUCAUGUGCCUGUGACACUGGAGGAGACUGUGAGUGUUUCUGCACAGCGGUCGCAGCUUAUGCUCAAGCUUGUAAUGAAGCUGAAGUAUGUGUUGCAUGGAGAACUCCAGACAUCUGUCCUGUCUAUUGUGACUAUUACAACAACCCAGAAGACUGCAUGUGGCAUUACAACCCUUGUCACCAACCUUGUUUCAAGACCUGUCUAAAUCCAGAUGGAACUUGUAUUAACCCUAUACCCAAUCUUGAAGGCUGUUACCCUGUAUGCCCAGAAGAUAAACCCAUAUUUGAUGAGCGCAACCAGACUUGUGUGGAGGAAUGUGAAGGUUGCUUUUUCAAUGGAACGCGAUAUGAAGAAAAUGAAGUUAUUUAUAAUGUGAACGAUAGUUUGGGAAUGUGCUACUAUGCAAUCUGCAUCAAUGCAACAGUGAUAUUUGGAAAUGAAACCUGCUACUCUACAACAACAACAACCAAACCUCCUACUACAACUUCUACAACAACAACAACCAAACCUCCUACUACAACUGUGGGGCCAACCACAACCACAGAGUCUACAACUCCGGCAACCAAACCAACAACAACAACUACAGGGCCAACCAGAACCACAGAGUCUACAACCACAACAACAACAAAACCACCUACGACAACUGCAGGGCCAACCACAACCCCAGAGCCUACAACCACAACAACCAAACCUCCUACUACAACUGCAGGGCCAACCACAACCACAGAGUCUACAACCCCGACAACUAAACCAACAACAACAACUACAGGACCAACCACAUCUGGCACAACCCCAUGUAUUGAAACGUGUAAUUGGUCAGAAUGGUAUAAUGUUCAUGACCCAAUAACGGACAAAAAUGACUGGGAAACAUAUGAGAAUAUUACAAAAAGCGGUAAAGAAAUUUGCGAAACACCAGUAGAAAUUGAUUGUAGAUCAGUACUUUAUCCUGAGAUGACCCUUGAUGAAUAUAAGGAUGAAACUGGCCAAGUGGUCAGUUGUGAUUUGGGAAUUGGUUUAAUAUGUAAAAAAGAGAACCAGUUUAGACCAGCAAAGUGUUUUGACUAUAAGAUCAGAGUAUGUUGUCCAGAUAAAACAUGUGAUUACACAACUCAUGCAACUACACCAUCUAUAAUUUCAAGUACAAGAGAGACAACAACAAAAUCUACGACAGAACCUCCUACUACAACUACAACCACAGAGUCUACGACCACAACAACCAAACCUACUACAACAACGCCAGAGCCAAUCAUAACCACAGAGUCUACAACCACAACAACCAAACCUCCUACUACAACGCCAGAGCCAACCACAACCACAGAGUCUACAACAACAACAAACAAACCUACUACAACAACGCCAGAGCCAAUCAUAACCACAGAGUCUACAACCACAACAACCAAACCUCCUAUUACAACGCCAGAGCCAACCACAACCACAGAGUCUACAACAACAAGAACCAAACCUCCUACUACAACAUCAGAGCCAGCCACAACCACAGAGUCUACAACCCCCACAACCAAACCUACUACAACAACGCCAGAGCCAAUCAUAACAACAGAGUCUACAACCACAACAACCGAACCUCCUACUACAACGCCAGAGCCAACCACAACCACAGAGUCUACAACCACAACAACCAAACCUACUACCACAACGCCAGAGCCAACCACAACCACAGAGUCUACAACCACAAAAACCAAACCUCCUACUACAACACCAGAGCCAACCACAGCCACAGAGUCUACAACCACAACAACCAAACCUACUACAACAACGCCAGAGCCAACCACAACCACAAAGUCUACAACCACAACAACCAAACCUCCUACUACAACUGUGGGGCCAACCAAAACCACAGAGUCUACAACCACAACAACCAAACCUCCUACUACAACGCCAAAGCCAACCACAACCACAGAGUCUGAAACCACAACAACCAAACCACCUACGACAACUGCAGGGCCAACCACAACCACAGAGUCUACAACAACAACAACAACAACAACAACAACAACAACAACAACAACAACUAAACCACCUACGACAACUGCAAAGCCAACAACAAGCACAGAGUCUCAAACAACAACAACAAUAACAACAACAACAAAACCACCUACUACAACUGUGGGCACAACUAGUUCUAUAUCAGUAGCAACAGGUCCUGAAGUAACAGUACCAUCAACUGCCCCCCUUGUCAGUGAACAUACAACUAUAACGUCAGAGAAUACUCAGACACCAAGUACAAUAGAGUCUACAACCACAACAACCAAACCACCUACGACAACGCCAGAGCCAACCACAACCACAGAGUCUACAACUACAACAACCAAACAUCCUACUACAACGCCAGAGCCAACCACAACCACAGAGUCUACAACUACAACAACCAAACCUCCUACUACAACGCCAGAGCCAACCACAACCACAGAGUCUACAACUACAACAACCAAACCUCCUACUACAACGCCAGAGCCAACCACAACCACAGAGGCUACAACUACAACAACCAAACCUCCUACUACAACGCCAGAGCCAACCACAACCACAGAGUCUACAACCACAACAACCAAACCUACUACAACAACGCCAGAGCCAACCACAACCACAGAGUCUACAACCACAACAACCAGACCCACUAAAACAACGCCAGAGCCAACCACACCCACAGAGUCUACAAACACAACAACCAGACCUACUACAACAACGCCAGCGCCAACCACAACCACAGAGUCUACAACCACAACAACCAAACAUCCUACGACAACGCCAGAGCCAACCACAACCACAGAGUCUACAACUACAACAACCAAACAUCCUACUACAACGCCAGAGCCAACCCCAACCACAGAGUCUACAACUACAACAACCAAACAUCCUACUACAACGCCAGAGCCAACCACAACCACAGAGUCUACAACUACAACAACCAAACCUCCUACUACAACGCCAGAGCCAACCACAACCACAGAGGCUACAACUACAACAACCAAACCUCCUACUACAACGCCAGAGCCAACCACAACCACAGAGUCUACAACCACAACAACCAAACCUACUACAACAACGCCAGAGCCAACCACAACCACAGAGUCUACAACCACAACAACCAGACCCACUAAAACAACGCCAGAGCCAACCACACCCACAGAGUCUACAACCACAACAACCAGACCUACUACAACAACGCCAGAGCCAACCACAACCACAGAGUCUACAACCACAACAACCAAACAUCCUACUACAACGCCAGAGCCAACCACAACCACAGAGUCUACAACUACAACAACCAAACAUCCUACUACAACGCCAGAGCCAACCACAACCACAGAGUCUACAACUACAACAACCAAACCUCCUACUACAACGCCAGAGCCAACCACAACCACAGAGUCUACAACCACAACAACCAAACCACCUACGACAACGCCAGAGCCAACCACAAACACAGAGUCUACAACCACAACAACCAAACCUACUACAACAACGUCAGAGCCAACCACAACCACAGAGUCUACAACCACAACAACCAAACCUACUACAACAACGCCAGAGCCAACCACAACCACAGAGUCUACAACCACAACAACCAAACCUACAACAAAAACGCCAGAGCCAACCACAACCACGGAGUCUACAACAAAAGAGACAACAACAAAAUCUACAACAGAGCCUCCAACUACAACUACAACCACAACAACCAAACCUCCUACUACAACUGUGGGGCCAACCACAACCCCAGAGCCUACAACCACAACAACAAAACCUCCUACUACAACUGCAGGGCCAACAGCAACCCCAGAGCCUACAACCACAACAACCAAACCUCCUACUACAACUGCAGGGCCAACCACAACCACAGAGUCUACAACCACAACAACCAGACCUACUACAACAACGCCAGAGCCAACCACAACCACAGAGUCUACAACCACAACAACCAAACCACCUACAACAACGCCAGAGCCAACCACAACCACAGAGUCUACAACAAAAGAGACAACAACAAAAUCUACAACAGAGCCUCCUACUACAACUAUAACCACAACAACCAAACCUCCUACUACAACUGUGGGGCCAACCAAAACCCCAGAGCCUACAACCACAACAACAAAACCUCCUACUACAACUACAGGGCCAACCACAACCACAGAGUCUACAAUCAAAACAACAACAAAACCACCUACGACAACUGCAGGGCCAACCACAACCCCAGAGCCUACAACCACAACAACCAAACCACCUACGACAACUGCAGGGCCAACCACAACCACAAAGCCUACACCCACAAUAACCAAACCUCCUACUACAACUGUGGGGCCAACCACAACCACAGAGUCUACAACCCUGAUAACUAAACCAACAACAACAACUACAGGGCCAACCACAACCAAAGAGUCUACAACAACAACAACAACAACAACACAACCACCUACAACAACUGCAGGGCCAACCACAACCACAAAGCCUACAACCACAACAACAACAGAACCCCCUACAACAACUGCAGGGCCAACCACAACCACAAAGCCUACAACCACAACAACAACAAUACCACCUACGACAACCGCAGGGCCAACCCCAACCCCAAAGUCUACAACCACAACAACAACAAAACCACCUACGACAACUGCAGGGCCAACCCCAGUGUCUACAACAACAACAACCAAACCUCCUACUACAACUGUGGGGCCAACCACAACCACAGAGUCUACAACCCAGACAACCAAACCAACAACAACAACUACAGGGCCAACCACAACCACAGAGCCUACAACAACAACAACACAACCACCUACAACAACUGCAGGGCCAAGCACAACCACAAAGCCUACAACCACAACAACAACCAAACCACCUACAACAACGCCAGAGCCAACCACAACCACAGAGUCUACAACCACAACAACCAAACCACCUACAACAACGCCAGAGCCAUCCACAACCACAGAGUCUACAACCACAACAACCAAACCUACUACAACAACACCAGAGCCAACCACAACCACUGAGUCUGUAAGCGCCACCACAGUAUGCUUCUGCAUAGUUAAUGGCAAGCAGUACAAGCCAGGGGAUGUAAUAUAUGACAGGAAUGACCUUGGAUCAGAUGUUUGUCUCACAAUGAUAUGUUCUGAUAUUUGCGAGAUUCUCAACAAGACAGAAAGUUGCACCACGCCUGCGACUACACCUACACCUACAACCACACCUGCAACAAUACCUCCUACCUGUCCUACUUGGAAUGUAACACAAAAUGAGACAUUCUUUCUCUGCAACUGCACCAUGGCCAAAUGCCUUGAGAACAAUACAAUUGAAAUUGUUCCAUAUGAAUGUCCACUCCCCGUGCCCAUCAAUUGUACCAACGGACAAAAGAAUCCAACUCUUGUGUGGGACGAGUACCACUGCUGCCAAUAUUAUGUUUGUGACUGUGCAUGUGAAGGCUGGGGAGAUCCUCAUUACAUCACAUUUGAUGGAUUGUUCUACAGUUACCAAGGAAACUGCACUUACGUUUUGAUGGAAGAGAUUUUACCAAAGCAUGGGCUGAAGAUUUAUAUUGACAACGUCUAUUGUGAUCCAACUGAAGAUGUUUCUUGUCCGCGAUCUUUGAUUAUAUCAUAUAAUUCGCAAGUGGUCAAACUUAUAAAUCACAAUCUUAUGGGAGCAGCACAGUUGGAGGCUCUGAAAAAUGGAAAACGUCUGAAGCUACCUUAUUCACAAAACGGCGUUAAGAUCUUAAGUUCUAAACUUAACAUGGUUCUUGAGAUCCCCCGUUUAGAAGUGGUUAUUACAUUUGGAAUAACUGGCUUUAGCAUUGACCUUCCAUUUCAAUACUUUGGCCAAAACACUCAGGGCCAUUGUGGAACUUGUGACAACAACCAGGCCAAUGACUGCAGGUUGCCUGGAGGCCAGCUGAUUGAAAGUUGUGCAGUGAUGGCUGACUAUUGGCUUGCCAAAGACAUUUACCAACCCAGCUGUGAGAUACCAUCUGUGCUGCCCACCAAAGUACCUACACCUCCACCAGAGUUAAUUCCAUGCAAGCCGGAUAGCUUGUGUGACCUUCUUAAAAGCAGCAUCUUUGCAGCGUGCCAUCCAGUUGUGCCCAUUGAGAACUUCUACCGAGGUUGUGUUUUUGACAGCUGUCAUGUUUCAAACCCAGCAGUGGAGUGCACAAGUUUGCAGACUUAUGCUGCUGCCUGUGCCAAAGCUGGGGUUUGCCUAAACUGGAGGAACCACACUACACUGUGUGCAAGUGACUGCCCAUCAAACACAGUUUACAAACCAUGUAGUCCUGUAGAACAGCCCUCCUGCGAAGACAAUCCUGAUGAAGUAAUGAUGAACUAUGCUACCGAGGGCUGCUUUUGUCCAGAUGGAAUGAAACUCUUCAACAAAGAGUCUGGCGUGUGUGUUGAUAAGUGUGGGUGUCUUGAUCCCGAGGGCAUUCCUCGUGAGUUCGAUGAGCAGUUUGAGUACAAAUGCCAAAACUGCCUCUGUGAGGAGUCCACUAAGACUGUGACCUGUAAGCCCAAGGUUUGCCCAGAGCCACCUGCAGAAACCUGCACUGGUCCAGGGUUCAUCCUUGUCAACCAAACAAAUCCGUCAGACAGCUGUUGUUAUUCCUUUGUUUGCCAAUGUAAAAGCAGCACUUGCCCAGUUAACAGCAUGAAGUGUCCAGUUGGAUAUUCGCCAGUCGUCACUGUCCCUGAGGGGAAAUGCUGUUUAGAACUUACAUGUGAGCCUAAAAGAGUUUGUGUCCACAAAGGGGCUGAGUACCAGCCUGGUUCUCCAGUUCCUGCAGCAAUUUGUCAAGACUGUACCUGUAGUACUGAGGUGGACCCCAAAACUAAACUUUUCAAAGUAACCUGUGAGUUUAAGCAAUGUCAAGAAACAUGUGACGAGGGAUAUGAGUAUAUGGAAACUGAUCCAAAAGUAUGUUGUGGAAAGUGUGUACAGACACACUGUGAACUCAGUCUGAACGGUACCAAGCAUCUGUUGACGCCGGGAGAAACCUGGUCACCACCUGAGAACAUGUGUGAGCAUCACACCUGUAUUAAGAGCGGUGAGACGUUACAAACGACCAGCUCACAUAUCGUGUGUCCACCUUACCAGCAGAGCAACUGCCACCCUGAUACAAUUCAGACUGCUGCCAAUGGUUGUUGUAAAAUAUGUGAAGAGAAGGAGAAAGCCUGCAAGGUAGUACCCAUGAAAAUCCAGAUAUUGCAAAACGGCUGUCAGUCUUCUGAGAAGAUAGACAUGCCGUACUGUGAAGGAUCCUGCAAUACUUUCACCAAGUACUCUGAGGGAUUAGCUGCUCUGCAGCAUUCCUGCUCCUGCUGUAAGGAGACAAAGACCAGCAGACACACUGUGGACUUGAACUGCCUGAAUGGAGACGUGGUUCGCUACACAUACACACACGUGGACGAGUGUGGCUGUGGCCACACAGACUGCACUACACCUCCUGGAAAAUCUGCUCGCAGGAGGCGAAGCUUCACACUAGUGUAGCAAAGAAAUCAUCAUCACAUUAAUUGAUAUGGGAUGUAAAGAUUACUCCCAUAUAGUUCUACCAAUCAUUACACCUCUUACAAAUUAAUUGUCAUUGUCAUGCAAGUAUUUGUCAAUUAAAAAGUUGCAACUCU